AUGCCGCCGAGAUCAGAUGUACUACGGCGCCUGGGCACCUUUAACGUGUGUCUCCGGCCAAAGCUGCGUGCAGCGACACAAAACUUUCUGCCCAUCGUUCAGACGGCCAACCUGUCACAGCGAGAAAAGAAGCUCAAGGCGAAGCAGGAUCCAUACAAGUGGGCACAGGCUCAGCAACGCAAAAACGCAAACCUCAAGCGUCGCGAGGAGCUCCAGAAGCAACGGGACGAGGCAUGGGGCGAUCCCGUGCUGGGGAGAACAACGCCUUUUCUUGAGUCCCUUGACACCGCUGGCCAAGUCGGCCUCAGUGAAGUGCCCCGAGACGCCAGCGGCAAUGCUCUGCAGACGCCCCACGAGCUGCCAACAUCACCGGGUCUGAGAAAUCACUUCCUAACCGAUGCCGAGUUGGAAGAAGCGACGAAACAUGCCUUUACGCUCAGCAAGCCCAUGGCGGCGAUUGUUGGCGACCAGUUGAGCGACGCAGCCUCGAAUGAGGCCAAUAUUGAGAAGCACAAGCAGGACCACGCCAGGGCGGUGGAGGCUUUGAGGCGCAUCACCUCUUUGCGGAAUGGUAGCGCCAAGGACCGCUUCCACGCCAAUGUUCGCCGCUUGAUUGACGAGUUUGGCCGUCACAAGACGGACAAGUUCCUAAAACCCAAGCCGCAGUCUAUUUCACCCAACACCACACCCAUGCCUGGUCGUGCAGGUCCCGACACAGGCAGCUCCGAGGUGCAGAUUGCCAUUCUCACCGCAAAGAUCCGGAAUCUGUCCAAGGCCCUUGAGAUUAACCGAGGGUACAAGGAUGUGCACAAUAAGCGAAACUUGAGGCUGCUGGUCCAUCGCAGGCAGAAACUGCUGGCAUACAUGGAGAGAAAGGAGAGGGGAAGCGAGAGGUGGACACACAUGAUUGAGAAGCUGGGCCUCACACCCGCUACCUGGAAGGGUCAGAUCAGCUUGUAA